CUCUGGAAACCAUGACAACCGUGCCUCAGAUCGCGACGUGAAACCGCUAACCCGUGCAGGAAUCCGCCAAGAAGAUGGUGUCGGAAAACGGAAAACCGCUCAUACCCCUCUUAGGCUUGGGCUUCUUUGUUCAGGGAUUCAGGUGUUUCCCAUGGCUUGCCAUCAACUUUUUCCUAAAAGACACUCUAGGAGUGGCCCCAUCCACUCUUCAGCUCCUUCAAAAUUCAGCAAAUUUGCCGAUGGUUGGAAAACCAAUUUAUGGGUUGGUCUCUGAUGCCGUUUACAUAAGGGGAGAACACAGGUUGCCGUAUAUAGCAAUUGGUGGUUUUCUUCAGGCAGUUUCUUGGCUAUCCAUUGCUCUGCUACCUGAUUCCAGUAUUUCCAUUUUGACCCUCUCUCUCCUCCUUCUACUCAGCAACCUGGGAGCCUCCAUUGCUGAGGUAGCUAACGAUGCCCUUGUUGCAGUGGCUGGAAAACAGCCAGAACAUGCUCGAAAACAUUUGAAACCUGCCAGAAAACAACCUUCCGGCGAGCUUCAAUCCUUUGUUUGGAUGGCAGGCUCUGCUGGUGGUGUCAUUGGAAACCUCCUCGGUGGCCUCUUCCUCAGUUACUUCUCUCCAAAACUCAUGUUCCUUCUCUUUGGUCUUCUCCUCUCUCUUCAACUUCUCACUACAUUAACUAUUUCUGAAGCCUCCUUGAAUUUGCCCAAGAACCCAAAAACUGGAAUUAGAAACCAGUUCUCCAAUUUGAUGGGUGCACUAGAAAAACCAGAAAUCGCUCUUUCGGUUGCUUGGUUUUCUGCCUCAUUUGCUUUAGUUCCCAUCCUUACAGGUAGCAUGUUUUUCUACCAGACCCAUUACCUAAAAGUCGAUCCUUCUACUGUGGGUCUUUCCAAAGUAGUUGGGCAAAUGGCUAUACUUAUUGGGAGCAUGAUCUACAACCGUCGACUCAAGUCUCUCUCCCCCCGAAAGCUGAUUGUGUCUGUCCAGUUACUUAUUGCUGCCUGCAUGUUCUCAGACUGGCUUUUUGUGAAGAGGGUGUAUAAUCAGAUAGGCAUCUGUGAUGGGGUUUAUGUGGUGUUAUUUUCUGGUCUUUUUGAGGCUUUGUUUCAGUUCAAGGUGCUGCCUUUUAGUGUUUUGCUUGCUCAGCUAUGUCCUCCUGGGUGCGAAGGCUCUCUAAUGGCAUUUGUGAUGUCUUCCUUAGCUAUGGCCACUAUAGUUGGCGGGUAUUUGGGAGUUGGCUUGGCAUCUUGGGUUGGGAUCUCGGAAAAUGACUUUGGGGGCCUGCCUCAGGGAAUAUUGAUACAGGCCCUUUGUACGGUGGUGCCGGUCUUUUGGUCACAUUGGAUCUCAGAGCCAUCUCGCAAGGAAGAUUAGUGCACAACCAGUGGAGAAUGAUAUUAACACAAGUAUGCGAUAGUAGUAUGGACUGGAAAUUGGAGUCCUCUAUUUGGGUCAUUACCUUCCAAUACCGUGAUGGAUGGUGAGGGAGCAGACCCACCGUUUGAGUUAUAUCAUAUUUGGCAGUCCUCGUCUAGCACCGUCUAUCAUUUCAUUGGACAGUGAGGAUGCUAGUGGGGUAUGGUUUCUAUAGUCUAUUAGGUUGUAGUGUACUACCCUUUUCCAAAUGGGCAAGGAGUUCAAUGUAUACAAUAACAUGCAUACAUUUCUUUUGCUGUUCUUGGCGGAUUAUUGGUGCUGGUUUCUCUGUUCAUUCUUUUCUUUGAAUAAGAAGAAUAUCAAAUAUAAAUCUUCAUGCCUUACCUCGAGGAAGAGAGUCUUUUUGGCGGCGCAUUCCAAGUAAUCUGAGGAACAAUGAAGUAUGGAAGCGUUAGCUCCUUAUUUCCUGCACUCCCUUUGUUCUCUGUGGAAUAUCUGAAAUUCCUUUUGUUUGGUAGUGCGGGAAUAAUGUAUCUAUUCUAUUUUGGGAGUUAAACUUAUAUUUGGUCCCUGGGCAAAUGUAGUUUUAUGAUGGUCAUUACAACAGAUGCAAUUGCCAAUAUUUUUUU